GCGACUGAGAGCGGGCAGCAAUAAUGCGCCAAGGCACAGGAGCGGCACGGCAGUAAUGGCCGCGUGGUGCCAGUAGCAGGCAGCAUCAGCGGCACUGCAGUGGUGCACUGGUCAUACUUCCAGCCCACGCCCUCCCUUGCUCCCUCCCCUUCACCUCAAGCCUCCGAAUCUCGCGAAGCGGCGGCACUCAUUGGCCGGCAGCGCCGCACGGUGCGCAGACCCGUUUCCGGCCGGCGUCAGGUGGCCGGCGUGAUCUGUGGCGGCGAGGGCGGGGUGAGGUGGCGCGGCGGCGCGAUGAGGUGGCUCAAGUCGUUGGUUGGGCUGAGGAAGGCGGAGAGGCAGCAGCGGCGCAAGGAGGAUGGCGACGCCGGGCGAAUUAAAAGGGAUGCCAUCGAUCAGUUUCACUGCCAGGAUCACGGCAGCCUUGCCGCGCCAGAAGAGUUCCCUGAUGGAAAUGGCCCGUCAGAUGGCGAUUGCGACGCCAGGCCUUCAUGCUCAGCACCCGGUUUCAGUAUAGUGCCACUGCCUCAAACAGAAGAGGAGCUCAAAGAGAUCUGGGCUUCCACAGUUAUUCAGACUGCAUAUAGAGCCCUCCUGGCUAGGAGAGCACGCCGAGCUUUAAAAGGACUGGUUAGGCUUCAAGCCCUUGUAAGGGGUCACAUUGUGAGAAAGCAAGCUGCCAUAACACUCCGGUGUAUGCAAGCUUUGGUCAGGGUACAAGCCCGUGUCAGAGCAAGGCGAGUUCGUGUGGCUUUGGAAAAUCAGACUGAUGAUCAACAAGAUAAUGUCGAAGAGCAAACAGACGAGGCUUAUGUUCGAGAAAUUGAGGAUGGGUGGUGUGAUAGUAUAGGGUCUGUGGAAGAUAUCCAAGCGAAAUUGUUGAAGAGGCAGGAAGCAGCAGCCAAGCGUGAGCGAGCCAUGGCCUAUGCCCUUUCUCACCAGUGGCAAGCAGGUUCAAGGCAAAAUGCGGCCAUCACAUCAUCUGCACUAGACAAGAACAGCUGGAGCUGGAAUUGGCUGGAGAGAUGGAUGGCUGUUCGUCCUUGGGAGAGCCGGUUCCUAGGAACUUACACAGCAGAUGGAAUCGCUAUUGAUACUGGAGUACGACAUGCCGAGGCAAAUGCAGCCAAGGUACCAUACAGGAAACCUGUGAAAAAGCAGGCUUCGACACUUCACUCAAACACGUUGAACCCGAAGGCCUGCAUGCCAAACUCAGAGGGCGGCGGCUCCUCGUCCAACCCAUCUGGUGGUUCAGCGUUAGCUAAACCGAAACGGAAGAUGCCAUCCAAAGAAGCUUCCGAUGAAGUCACGUCUCGUCCUUCGGGACUUGGUACCCGGUGCAGUAGUAAUCCCAAGGAGAGGACUGGGCAUUUACAUUCCCGGGCCAACAAGAGGUUCUCCUUGCCUGUGACCGGUAUAGAAGUUGGCAAACGCCUGACAAAUAAACCUGCCACAUCUGCUGGUGGAUACAUGGUAGCUUUCGCCGGGAGGAAAUACGCAGCAAGAUCGCUUCCCGUUUUCGUUAGCAACAGCUCAUACUCAGUAACUGCAUUUACCCUGGUCUUCGAGUUCCAGAAAGGCAUCCUCCAGAACCUGUUCUGGAAGGCCGACGGCUGCUCGUCGUGCUCCGGUGAUUCAAACUUCGCGUGCGUGGACGAGAGCUGCGCGAUCAAGACGUCGAGCUGCAGAGGUAGGGGGAACGGGCAGGUGGACUGCAGCCCCGGGAUACAGCUCGCCUUCUCUGGCACCGACAAGCACGAGGAUGUGUUCAACUCGUGGUACGAGGUGUCGAAGCUGAAGCAGUACUCCCUCUUCGGGCUCUUCUCCAACCUCAAGGACUCCCUCGCGGGACAGUUCAGCCAAUUCUUCUAGCUUUUGGGUGAUCUCCCCGGUCAUCUUCCUCUUCGUACAGCUUCUCAAGGCAGUCACCGUUUUGUCCAUGUAGUAUAUCGAUUAUCAGCUGCUGCAUACACCAGUUAAUCAAAUCCCUUGUAUAUCAGUAUAUGUAUUAUCGGCAGCUAUAUACACUCGUUAAUUGUUGUGUGUACAAUAUGAGGCAAUGUAAGUUAUGCUUAUACU